GGGGACGGCCGCGGCUGCCGGGGCCUCGCUCUGCCCUGAGCUCCAGCAGCAGCGCUAUGCGGACGCCUGGGCCACCUGCCAGUCGCCUCUGCCCAGACCUGCAGGCUCGGUGGACGCACUGCUGGGCUCAGGCUGCAGGCGUGGGGGUCCUCGAGGCCUGGGAAGCAGGGGUGGGGAACAGGAGUGAAGUCCCCACCUGCUCUGCUCCCCCCACAGAGAUCCGAGAGGCCUUCAAAGUCUUUGACCGCGACGGCAAUGGCUUCAUCUCCAAGCAGGAGCUGGGCACGGCCAUGCGCUCGCUGGGCUACAUGCCCAAUGAGGUCGAGCUGGAAGUCAUCAUCCAGCGGCUGGACAUGGAUGGUGACGGCCAAGUGGACUUUGAGGAGUUUGUGACCCUCCUGGGACCCAAGCUCUCCACCAUGGGGAUCCCGGAGAGGUUCCAUGGCACUGACUUCGACACCGUCUUCUGGAAGUGCGACAUGCAGAAGCUGACUGUGGACGAGCUGAAGCGGCUGCUCUACGACACUUUCUGUGAGCACCUGUCCAUGAAGGACAUCGAGAACAUCAUCAUGACGGAGGAGGAGAGCCACCUGGGCACGGCCGAGUGCCCCGUGGAUGUGGAGACCUGCUCCAACCAGCAGAUACGCCAGACGUGUGUGCGCAAGAGUCUGAUCUGCGCCUUCGCCAUCGCCUUCAUCAUCAGCGUCAUGCUCAUCGCGGCCAACCAGGUGCUGCGCAGCGGCAUGAAGUAGGCGCCGCCUGGACGCCUCCGCUGGCCCUCCACACCCCCCACCGCCUGC